AUGAUGAAAGUUAUGAGGAUGAAACAUAUAAAUCUGCUUAAUUCAGCAAAAGUCUACAGCCGCGCGGAAACCCAACCGUCUCUGCAAUGGCUGCGGUGAGAAUCCUCCGCGAAAUCCAAAUCUCUCCGUCGCUUCCAUCGCAGCCUCCUCAGCCGCUCUCAUUCCUCGACAUUAUGUGGCUCCAAAACUCACCCAUGGUAGAGUGGCUCUUCUUCUACCACUUCCCUCAUUCCAUCUCCCACUUCAUACACCACAAACUCCCCCUCUUCACUGAAUCCCUCUCCCUCACCCUCCGCCACUACUACCCUUUAGCCGGAUCCAUCCGCCCCUCCCCUGAAUCCGACGAACAAUUCGAAAUCGUAUACACCGAAGGAGAUUCCGUCAACAUCACCCUCGCCGAAUUCACCGGCGACGACUUCUGCAACAUAUCCGGCCACCAUCCACGAAGCCUCAAAAACCUCCAACUUCUGGUCCCCAAGCCAGCCAAGUCGUCCGCAUCGGGUGGCCAAUUUCCGGCCAUCUCGAUUCAAAUCACGUUUUUCCCGAACCAAGGCCUCUGCAUAGGCUUCGCAGUAAACCAUGCCGUGUGCGACGGAGCCGGGUCAAUGCGAUUCAUUCGCUCGUGGGCCGCCGUGCUGAACCCAACCUAUGGCAUCUCCCCUCCAUUCCUCGAUCGAUCCAUUAUUAUCGAUACCGGCGGAAUUCGCCGGAAUUUAUUCGAGAAGGUGCGUCAGUUCAAAGAGAGCUGCGAAGAGCAUUUGAGGAAGCAGCAUAGCAUGUCAGUUUCCGAUCAUGAAUUUGUCUCUGCUACUUUUACUCUUGGUAAAGAUCAGAUUUUGCGGCUGAAGGAGCGUGUGCUAGCGAAGGCGGCGGAACAAGAGACAAAACCAACAUCUUUUCACUUGUCGGCUUUUGUUGUAACCUGCGCUUAUGUAUGGAGAUGCCUCGUGAAAGCUCGGGGAUAUGACGGAGACAUCAACCAGCGUUUCGAAAGCUCUGCGGAUUGGAGAUCGAGGAUGAGUCCGCCCAUCCCAAGCAAUUACUUUGGGAACUGCUUGGGGUUUUUUAUGGCGGAGUUGAGUUUUGGAGAUCUGGUGGGAAGGAAUGGGAUAGAGUUGGCGGCCAUUGAGAUUGGGAAGGGCAUAGAUUGGCUGCAGGGGAGGGAUAUUUGUGAGGUAUUAACUGCAGUGGCUGAUAGGUCCGGGGAAGUGAAGAAGAGCCGGCCGUUGUCGGUUAAUGGAUCGCCGAAGCUGAGGGUUUACGAGGCUGAUUUUGGGUGGGGGAAGCCGGUGAAGGUAGAGCUUACAUCUAUUGUUGAGACGGGGGCCAUGUCGCUGGCUGAGAGCAGGGAGGAGGAGGGAGGAUUGGAGAUUGGUUUGGUGCUCUCUGAAGAGGACAUGAGCAAGUUUGGGGUCAACUUUUCAUCUGAUUUGUGAAUUU